AUGCCCAGCCCGGUCGACGAGAAAGGUGGCAGCCCUGAGAAUGAUUCUAUCACCGUCUACGAACGACCAAAGGGCUUGCGUGGUGUUUACUAUCACCCCAUAACACAAAUCGUCAUGCUUGCUCUUGUCUGCUUCUUAUGCCCUGGAAUGUUUAACGCCCUCACUGGACUCGGCGGAGGCGGACAAGUCAACCCAACGAUUUCUGCAAACUCGACUUGUGCAGUAUACGCAACAUAUGCGUUUUUUGCGUUCUUUUCGGGAACCGUCAACAACAAGAUCGGCGCUAAGCGUACUUUGCUCUUUGGAACAUUGGGCUACGCGCUCUAUGUUGGUUCUUAUCUGCAAGUUCUUUUCUUUUCCUGCCGCGCAAUUAAUAUUCACCCUGGCGCUGGUUGGUUCGUUGUUACCUCGGGUGCCCUCCUCGGUGUCACUGCUGCGUUCCUGUGGACCGCUCAAGGCUCAAUAAUGCUAAGCUACUGUACUGAAGCCCAGAAGGGCAUCUUUAUCAGUAUAUUCUGGGCCGUUUUCAACGUGGGAGCAGUCGUAGGAGCUGCCGUGUCCUUCGGGCAGAAUAUUAAAUCAACGGUUGGAAUCCUUGUUCUCACAAUAAUUGGGAUUACGAUCCCUCUUCUGAUGGCUGAUCCUGACAAGAUGAUACGCACGGACGGUACGAGGGUCGUGAUGCCUCGCCAUCCAUCAUGGAAGUCCGAAUUUUAUGGCCUGUGGGUUGCAAUUAUCACAGACCCCAUGAUCCUUCUACUUUUCCCGAUGUUUUUUGCGAGUAAUUACUUUUACACAUGGCAGUUCAACGAUUACAACUCGGCACUAUUCAACAUCCGUGCGAGGUCUCUCAACAAUUUCGUGUAUUGGCUUUCGCAGAUCAUCGGCAGUGGGAUGAUCGGCAUCAUCCUAGACUCCAGGAGGCUGCGAAGACGUGUGCGCGCGUUCGCUGGGUGGGGUAUCCUACUGGUAAUGACGUUUGCGGUGCACGUCUGGGCUUAUUAUUAUCAACGGACGUACACCCGCGCUUCCAUCCCUCCAGACUCGCAAAAGAUGGAUAUUUAUGACACGAGGUACCCAGCACAUGUCUGGCUCAUGAUAUUUUAUGGAUUGCUGGACGCAAUGUGGCAGACGACGAGCUUCUGGCUCAUCGGUGCCAUGAGCAAUGAUACGAAUAAGCUGGCUAUCUACUCCGGGUUUUACCACUCCAUUCAGAGCGCCGGAGCUGCUGGUGUGUGGCGAAUGGAUGCAAUGGGGCUUCCCUACAUGAACAUCUUCCUCUCUACGUGGUGUCUAGUUGUCGUUGGUCUUGUGUCUAGUUUGCCGGUGAUCUACCUGCGCAUCAGAGAUACAACUGUGCUCGAAGACGAAGGCUUAAUGCAGAGAGAUCAGGAGAUCGAGAUGAAUAUCAAUAUGAAGGCGAAGGAGAUGAUCGAGAGCGAGAUUGAGAUGUCAUGA